AUGGCAGGUGCCUAUAGGCUGGUUACGCAUUACAUUACUGUGCUGCGAUGGGUGUUUUCACGCGUCACCAGUGGGCGCUUCUUCCUGCGCACAAAGAGAGCAGAGCCCGGGGAUGCGCACAAUGUGAGUCUCCGCUCAGAGGCACCGCUGUCCUCCUCUCUCCUCCUCUUCUCUCUCUCCUCUCUCUUCUUGGCAGCGUCUUGUGGACUGGAAUAGGAGGAGGUCCAGGAACAUCCCGGCGUAGCUCGGCUCGUCCUCAGCCCCGGUUAAGUUGGAAUUUACCGAAGCUGUGGAGGGUUCUGGAGUCGCAUCCUCAUAUGUGAAGAGCAGAGCGCACGGACAGGACCGCGAACUGGAGCACACUAACCUUUCCCUUGGCUUCUGAGAGGAGGUGAAAGAUGGUAUCUGAGCACUGCUAGAGCCAGAAAGAACGCACCUGACGCAUAGUGGAAUUACAAUCAAAGCAGUUUCAUGAAGAGGAAAAAACUGACAUCCUAGAACAAAUUAAAAUUCUUGUAUUCGAGGGAGAGCGUUCCAUUCACAAGCAAUUGGAUGAGAGUCUUAUUAGCCCUCGGCAACUAAAGAUGAUGUUUCCAUGGAAACAAAUUGUUCUUCUAUCAAUCACCGGAUGCCUUGCAGCCUGUACAGAGGAUGUCAUAUUUCAAGGGCCAAGAUGGAGGACGGAGCCAAGUGACCUCAUUUUACCCAUCAACUCCCCAGACCAGCAGGCUACCAUCACGUGCGAGGCAGAAGGAAGCCCUCCUCCGCAGUACAGAUGGUCACUAAACGGAACACUCAUCGAUCUGGGGAAUGACUACCGGCGUCACAUGUCUGGGGGCAACCUGAUCAUUAGCAACCUGGACAGGGACCAAGACGCCGGGAUUUACCAGUGUACGGCCUUCAACGUGAGGGGGGCCAUCCUCAGCCGCAGAGCCAGCCUCCAAUUUGCAUUGUGCAGUCCACGUUGUCAAUCCUUCUCUGUUGGGUAUGGCCUCAAGGAAACGCAGGGUCCCAGCUCACCACAAACAGGCUCCCAGCUCACCUUGGACCGCGUUCCAGCUCACCACGGACCAACUCCGACCUCACCACAGACCUUCACACGCCUGAUUGCUGCCAAACUCACCAAAUGA